AUGCAUCAUCUCUUGUCUGGUAUUGGUGGCUCUUGUGAGUCGACUGAGAGAGUCAACGGUGUUGCGAGACGGGAUAGUAGUAUUUCUCUUGAAGAGAGUGCUUAUAAGCGGGACAAUCCUGAGCCUUCAGGGAACACCCUCGCUCCUGUUGAGAGUCAAAAGAUCCAAGACUGCUAUGAUACCAACGCGGAACAUGGAUGCACCCUUCCUAUACCCAGUCCCUCCUCAUCAUCGUCCGUCGUGGCACCAAUAGAUGUCCAUAUUCGGUGCGGCGAGAGCCUCGAGGCUAGGUUGAUGAGGCUCGAUGCGAUCCUGUGUCAAGGCCGACAAACAUCUGAGCCUGAGAACAUGUCUCUGUCACCAGAAGCUUCAAGCUUGGAUAUUGUCAAUACCUCACAAACACUCGAUCAAAGGGUGCCAAGUACUCCUGUACUCCAACCAAUACAAGUCUCCAAGACUAGAGACCACCAACCAACGACGACGAACCCAGACGUCGACAUGGGAGACAAGAUAUCCGUCGACUCAAAUACUGUGUCUGACCUUCUUCUGUCGGAUGCCUCGCAGCCAGCGAGUGUUCACGGAGAGGCAUACAACAAAGAGACUUUGAUCAAGUAUAAAAAUUCUGCCAAAGUAUCCGGGCGAAAGGACAGAGCUCGCAUUCACAAGAAAACCAAGCAGCGAAGUGGCAAGAAGAGGAUAGCCAAGAGCAAGAGUGUAUGA